AUGCAACGCACUGAGCCUCGCCUGCUCGUUUUCAAACGGAUUGCAAGGCAGGAGGCGUGGUGCCUGCUCGUGUUCGGCCUAUUUCUGCACUGCGCCGCUAAGGCUCGUUUCAAGGCACGAUGCUGCCUUGCCCCACUUCCCGUUUUCCCUUCCACUGCCGGUUUCCCCUUCCCCUGCUGUUACCCCUACCCAUUGCGCAUGGAAAACGUUACUCUCUAUUUCCCCUACCCCCAAUCCCUCCCCAUAUCCCCAUUUCCAAGCCACUCCCGUCACUCCCCUUCCCUCCGCCCCUCCCCGAUUCCUCUUUCCCCAGGGACUCCUCAUAUCCCCUUCCCUCCCCCUUACACGCGUCACACCUCAUAUCAUGUGUCCCAUGUCCCUCCCCAAUUCCCCGUUUCCCAUUCACUCCCCAUUUCCGCGUUUCGGAGUCACCGCUGUGUUUCCCCUUCCCUUAAACCCGCCCCAUAUCCCCGUUUCUCAGUCACUCCCCAAUUCCCAAUCCCUCUGACUCUCCCCCUUUCACUUACGUGCGUCACGCCCCAUUCCCUCACCCCUCCGUCCCUGUUCACUCCCUUUUUUCCAAAGUCACCCCUCGUAACUAGUCCCUCCGUCCCUCCUCAUUUUGCCCCCCCUCCGACCCUCCCCAUUUUCCCUUCCUUCCAUCCCGGCCCAUUUCCCCAUCCCUCACUCCCUCCCCAUUUUCCCUUCCCUCCAUCCCUCUCCAUUUUGCCGUUCCUCUGUCCCUCACCCUUUUGCACCACACACACCGCCGUCCCUCCCCAUUUUGCCUUCCCUCUGUCCCUCCCCAUUUCCCCUACCCUCUGUCACUCCCAUUGCCCCUCCUCUAUGUCCCUCCACAUUACCCCUUCUCUCUGUCACUCCCUGUUUCCCUUUCCCAUACUUUCCAUGUUACCCCUUCCCUCUGAACCUCCCCAUUCCUCCUCCCUCUUUCCUUCCCCAAUUCCCCUUCCCUCUGUCCCUUCCCAUUGCCACUUCCCUCUGUCACUCCCAUUACCGCUUCCCACUGUCCCUCCCCAUUUCCACUGCCCUCUAUCCUUUCCUAUCUACUCUCCUCUUUCUCACUCCCAUUUCCCCUUCCCUUUGUCUCUCCCAUUUCCCCUGCCACCUGUCCCUCCCAUUUCACAUCCCCCCUGUCCCUCCACCCGCCACUUCCCUCUGUCCGUCCCAAUCUGUCCUUCCGGAUUUCCCCAUCCCUCUGUGCCUCCCCAUCUCCCUCCCCUCUGUCCCUCCCCAUCUCCCUCCCCUCUGUCCCUCCCCAUCUCCCUCCCCUCUGUCCCUCCCAUAUCUCACCACUCUGUCCCUCCCCAUAUCCCACCCCUCGUCCCUCAACAUAUCCCACCCCUCUGUCCCUCACCAUAUCCCUUCCCUAUGUCCCUCCCCAUAUCCUUCUCUCUGUCACUCCCCAUUUUCAUCUCCCAACACUCCAUGUUACCCCUUCCCUCUGUGUACCUGCCCAAGUCCCCUUGUCCCUGUCACUCCCCAUAUCCCCAGUCCCCUGCACCCAUUUUCGCUGACCUUCCCCAUGUUCCCUUCCAGUACCAGCCCAUGUCCCCUUGUCCCGGUCACUCCCCAUGUCCCCUUCCCCCCUGUCACUCCAUUUUCCCCUUCCCCCAGUCCCUCAGCAUUUCCCCUUGUCCUGUCACUCCCCUUAUCCCCUUCCCCCUGUCCCUCCCCGUUUCCCCUUUUCUCUGA